CUCUAACUAUGGCAGAGAUAGUGUGCCCUCUUUGUAUAUUCUGUAGAAGGUCUAAUCAGAGUAUCCUACAUUAAUGUUGUGACGUGUUAUAUUUUUUUAAAAGCAAUAUCUGGGGAAGCGUGCAUUGCGUGCGGAAGGAAAAACGGCGAAUAAUACAGUGAAAGAAAAUGAUGCAGGAUGAAGAUUUGAGUGGUCCAGCUAGGCGGAAUGUCAUCAGCCAAGGAAUAACAAGAAUAUCACAGAUAUAUCAAAGAUAUCUAGAUCUAUGGACCCCGCAUGUAAUAUCAAGAUGGGUAUUUGCUCUAUUUCUAUUAGUCCUUUUUAUUCUGCGCAUAUUUAUCUCGCAAGGAUGGUACAUUGUCACGUAUGCAUUAGGAAUUUAUCAUCUCAAUUUAUUCAUAGCAUUCCUUACUCCAAAAAUUGAUCCUGCUAUGGAUUUCGAUGAUGGAGACGGUCCAGAGUUACCUACAAGGUCAAACGAGGAAUUCAGGCCAUUCAUCAGAAGAUUGCCUGAAUUCAAAUUCUGGUACUCUGUAACAAAGUCCACGGUUGUCGCCAUGAUAUGCACGCUGUUUGAUUGCUUUAAUAUACCAGUAUUCUGGCCGAUACUCGUUAUGUAUUUCAUAACAUUGUUCUGUAUAACGAUGAAGCGACAAAUAAAGCAUAUGAUCAAGUAUAGAUACUUGCCUUUCACUCAUGGCAAGCCGAAAUAUCAGAACCAUGAGGACACUUCACGAUCGUUAAAGUGAAUCGAAGUAAAGGAUACGCUUAAAUCUGUACGGAAGCAUAAGCGCGUAGAUUUCAAUUUCUCCUAGACCAACGCGGGAGUCAUUAGUAAGAAAAGGAAAACAAUUCCAAGAAAGAACUCUUUUUAACGUUAUCAAAGAGGAAGGACAUUGCCUUGUACAAGAAGCGAAUCUGCGUGUGAGACGUAACUCUAAAAAAAAUUAUAUAAUAUACUAUAUAUAUAUAUAUAUAAAUAUAAACUGAAUUUAUCGUAAUAUGUUUGUAUUAUAAAACUUGUACAAAGUAUUGUUAGCUUUUAUCUCAGUAAAGAAGAGAAAACAGAGAGAGAGAGAAGAGUAAUAUGGUCACAGUAUCGAUUUCGAGCAGUACGCAGUUGUCAAUGUAGUACUAUGAAUGAAUGUAAGAAAUUCGUAUACGCAUAAGAGAAUCCGUUAAUAUAAUCAAAUUCGUUUCUGUUUUUAGAGGAAGUAUCGUUUCUUAACAUGUACAUUCCGCAUGUGCGUUUCUUCGUAUCUUUAGGAUAAGCCACCAUUUUUUCAAAUUUUACCUGGAUUUUUCCAUAGUCUGUCCUCGUCUUUAACGAGAAAUAUCAGAACACAAAAUACUCUGCGAACAAAAAAAUCAGAUUUAGCAUUAUUAAGAAUUAAUAAAAAGAAAAGUUUAGUCGCGUCGCAAUGUUUUAUUAACCGAAUUGACGUUUCGCAUUUUGCUUCUAGUCUCUUAAAAUCUUAUUUUAUAAUUUGAUAUCGUAAAGAGCUUCAUGUGUGUUGCAACGAUAUAUUCUUUGGUAUUCAUAUGGCACAGUAACAUGGCGUAGGUGACAUUUAUUUAUUCACUCGUUGCUAAAUUAAAUAAUUACGUGAAUAUAUUGCACGGGAAUUCUUGUCCAUCAUGAUAACUUAAUUCAGAAUAUUAAAAAUAGCUUUCAAUUAUUGAUACUGGAUGUCAAAUCGAUGCAUAUAUUGAAAGUAUACACAUAAAUGGGAAAUAUCUUUUAACUUUGUUGGAGAUAUAUGUAUUAUAUUUUAUCAAUAACUUAAACAUUAUUGAAUCUUUGCAAAGAUGAAAAUUUUAGAAAAUGCGUUUGUAUUAUUUCAGACUUUACCACGGAAACGUCGCGUUUGACUGAUGGAAAAUUAAAAAUUGCAAUCACGUGUAUUUCUAAUUUAAUUCUAUGCUUCAAUGAUGUAAUAGCCCAUGUUUCUGUUUCUUAAUAUUGCAGAAUGAGAGAUAAGGGAUUGAAUGUAAAACUGUGUUUUAUACAUACAUAUAUAUAAAUGCAAUGAAUUUGUGCCGUAAUAUUAUGCACUUCACAUGCCGCGAGAGAAACGACGUUCAGAAAAAACUAAGGUUUAUACUAGCAGAGUUUUGGUACGAGACUUUUUAUAAACAAAUACAAAAAAGCGAUCGGAUUUAUUUUACUGUAUGUAUAUAUGCGGAAUAUCUUUUCAGAGUUGGCAAUUACAACACAUUACAACUGCUUACGUAAGCACGUGUAAAAUGUAUAAGAGCGGGGAUUAGCUAGCACAUUCUUAAGAAAAAGGAAAGUUUUAUAUAUUAAUAUUAAAUACAUUACAUUGUCCAAAGAUGUUUAGCGGAGCGUGUAGCUGUAUGAACUUUGAUAAUUCUUUCGUUUCCACAAAUUUUAUUUAUGUGCGAUUAUCUGUAUACAUACAUAUACAUAUACAUUUUUAAAGAAGUGUUCCACAGAACUUGACAAAAUUUCUAUAUGCUGGCUUAUUCUACAUUUUAUUAUGUAAAAGAGAUCGUUUUAUUUAAAAUAUGUGCAAACGAAAAAAUAAAAUCUUCAAUGAAUUCUGUCUUUUACUCUCAAAGUUACGUAUGUUGAUUCAUGUAAAUAACUUGUACACCUUGUUUUCGCAGAAUCCAUUUUAAUUUUAAUAUUAAUACAGCAUUAAACGUCAUUACAAAG